UUUCUCCCCAUCUUGCUUUUUUCUGACUCACAACCGGAUCCAUUUCUCAGAUCGUUAACUCAUCAUGUCUCAAGACCGCAAAUUCCAUGUCAUCAUUAUCGGUGGCUCUAUCGCCGGCCUGGCUCUCGCUCAUGCACUAUCGACUGCCAAUAUCGACUAUACACUCCUCGAAGCGAGAGACGACCCGUAUAGUGAUCAUAACACCGGGGCUGGAUUAACCCUCCUCCCCAACGCUGCCAGAAUCCUGCAUCAGUUGGGUGUUUAUCAUGAAGUAGCCAAACAUACACAGCCGGUAUACUGGCAUACUACCUGGUUUGAAGAUGGGAGGUUACUGCGCAGAGUUGAUACUCGAGAUCUGUGCUCUAGACGGACUGGAUAUCCGCUUGCUGUAAUCUCGCGACAAGGACUGUUGAGGUCACUAUUCGAUCAUCUAUGCGAUAAAGAGCGAGUGCUGUUCAGUAAAAGGGUUAUACAAGUCAUUCCAGGCGCUUCGCGUGUCACAGUUCAUUGUCAGGAUGGAUCUUCAAUAUCCGGUGAUAUUGUCGUCGGCGCAGAUGGCAUCCACAGCGUCACAAGGAGGCAGAUGCUACAGUAUAUCCACAAACAGAAAUAUGAUUUUCAAAGACCAAACAUUUCCUUCAGCACUACAUAUUCCGGGCUCUUCGGUACAUCAUCUCCAACGCCAGGGCUGCAACCAGGCGAGGCCCAUCGCACGUACGGCCAUGGCUGGUCGAUGAUCGUGACAAUUGGACAUGAUGAGACAGUUUACUGGUAUGUCGCCAUCAAAUUUGAUGGUUCACGCAUACCACGACAUCAGACAGACACAUACAUCGACACCAUUGUAGCCCCAUUUUUACAGAAACAUGUCACAGCGCAUGUACACUUUGGCGACGUAUUCAAGAAUACAAUCUCCAGUCGACAUGUUCCGCUUGAAGAAUCCCUGGAGUGGCAGUGGUCUUGGGGGAGGAUUGCAUGUAUCGGGGAUGCGGUGCACAAGAUGACGCCUAACAUAGCCCAAGGAGCCAACUGUGCUAUUGAAACAGCCGCAACUCUCGCAAACCACCUCAUCUCUAUUGCAAACAAACCAGAACAGCCGAGGGAAGAUAUUCUGGGGAAAUGGUAUUCCUCGCAUUGGUGGCGCAUGAAGCUAUUCUAUAUAUCAUCCCAAACACUCAUUCGCGUCGAGGCAUCAACCACCUUCAUUGCCCGGCUACUCGGGCUGUAUAUUGGCUUUUUCCAUGGUGAGCUUGUCAUGGGCAUGCUGUCCGACAUUAGCUGGUUUACUGCGCGGUUGGAUCAUUUGCCAUUACCUCAGGUCAAAGAGGAUAGGGGGAAAGAUAGGAAAGUUACAUCAUGGAACGAUAUGUGUUGCAGCACGAUGUGUAUGGUGCUGCCUUUGGGGAUUAUUGUGGGCGGUGUAUAUGUCAUGGGCUCAGCUAUAAGGGGGUAAAUCUCUCCAAGCUAAUCGGCCUUAUUGAUCAAGCUAUGCCAUGUUGUCAAUAAUAGCUUACCACUAACUAGUAGAGUACAAGUAGCUGAAGAUAUGCUGACAGCCAGCUAAGGCCACCAAUGGAUAUACGAGGAUCUGCAAAAGUCCGCUGUUCUGAACUCCG